AUGCGUCAUGUGAAUUUAUCACACCUGAUAAUUGAUAAACAAAUAGCAAGGAUUGUACAUCGUCGAGGUUUUGCAACGGAGCAGCGCAGUUCCGAUAUGUCGCGCGAUGAUGACAUUUACGGACAGCGAUCCGAAUCUCGAUCUCGGACUGUUCGUGAAAUACCGGUACAACGUACCACAUCAUCUGUUCCUUCCACAACUACAACAGCCAUCGAUUGUCGUUCAUCGACAACACCAUUUAGUGAUUAUCAUCAAGAAGAAUAUUAUCGAAAAGAAAUACGAACUAGAACUUUCGUCACACGUUCUUCCGAAGCUCUUUCUGCACCACCGUUAUCUUGUUCAUCACCUCUUAUCGUGGAACGUGAAAGAUAUUCAUCCACAGAUAAUAGAUAUUAUCCAAGAGAAGAACGUACUGUUGACUAUAAUUACAAAUAUUUAAGAAGUUUGGAGGAAGAGGAACGUCGUAUCAAAAAAGAUCAAGAGGAGCGACAACGUGAAGAAGAAGAUCGUAGAAGACGAGCUGAGGAGGAACGACGUUUAUGGGAAAUAAAGGAACGUGAAUAUUUAGAAAGGAAACGACAUGAACGAGAGAUAAAACAUCGAGAAUUGGAAAGUGAGCGUUUGGAACGUGAACGACUGGAAAAAUUACGAUUAGACAAAGAGCGAGCAGCACGUGAAAAUGCUGAAAUACAGCGUAGAGCGGAAUGGGAACGAAUUGAAAGAGCCCGAAGGGAGCAUGAAGAACAUGAAUUGCAGAGGUGGCGAGAGAUAGAAAAAAGUCGACUGGAACAGGAAAGGCUUGAAGAAGAACGACGUGAACGUGAACGCUUAGAUCGUGAGCGUGCGGAACGUGAACGUGAACGGUUAGCACGUGAACAGAUAGAAAAAGAACGCCUGGAACGUGAACGUUUGGAACGUGAAAGGAUUGAAACUGAGAGAUUGGAAAUUGAACGAAUCGAACGAAUCAAACGUGAACGUCAGGAACGAGAACGACAGGAGCGAGAAAAAGAAAAAGAAGACCAAGAACGACUUGAAAAAGAACGUCAGGAACAAGAACGUAUUGCUCGUGAAAAACAGGAGCUUCUGAGAGUAGAAGAAGAACUAUUAGAAAUGCAAAGACGAGAAGCGAAAAUGCGUGAAGCGGAACGAAUUGAAGAAGAAAAUCGUGAAGCUCGUCGGAGGGAACAAGAAAGAAGGGAAGCUGAAAUAAUAGCUGAAAUGCAGCGAAAAGCGGAGGAACGAGAAUUGCAACGACGACUUAGUGAGCGUUUAGAAAAAGAACGUUUAGAGAAUUUAUGUCGUGAGCAGAAGCGAUUAGCUAUGGAGAAGCAGGAAGCGGAAUUAAGGGAACUUCAGCGUAAAGAAGAGGAGCGACGUGAGAGGGAACUGUUUGAGGCACAGAAACGUGCGGCGGAAAAACGUGAACGAGAAAGGCGGGAGGACGAGGAACGAGAACGUCAAAGACAGGAGGAGGAACGAAUUGAGGCUGAGAAGCGUGAACGUGAAAGACGUGAAGCGAUGCAUCGGGAACGUGAACGUCAAUUAGAAGAAAAGAUGGAACAGGAGAAAUUGGCAGCUAUCAGAAAUGCUGCUCAAAAAAGACAGGCAGCACGACUUGCUGAAAUACAACGAGAUGAACAAAGGCAGAUCUUGGAACGUGAAGCUAAUGAAUUAAGGGAACGUGAACAGCAGGAAGCGGAGAGAAGGGAACGUGAACGAAUGGAAGAGGAUCGUCGCUUAAAAGAAUUACUCGAGCAGGAAAAGCGUAAUUCAGAAUUGCGCGAAAAAGAGCGUCAAGAAGCAUUGGAACGUGAGGCCCAACGUCGUCUUGAAGAUCGCCGAAGUCGUGAUAAGCUUGAUCAGAUAGCACGUGAAAUAGAGGAAAAAGAGAAGAUGGAAAUGGAAAAGCGGCGUUUAUUAGAACAGAUAACAAGUCGUGAUCACCGCAAAGACUUGUUAACAUCUCGGGAGACGUUAGAAAAAUUGACAAAACCUCCUUAUUAUUCACGAGAAAAUUUGGCAGCAAUUCCAUAUGGUUCUCGAGAAAACUUAAGUAUUAGCGGAAAUGAAGUAACAACUAAAGUGGAGCGACAAGUAAUCGAGCGUAUUGAUCGUACCGUCUGGUCCGACGAUCCUAGGUACACACAAAACACAUCAAAUGGUUCCGAUUCAAGCAUAUUGGGACGUGAACGUUUGUAUAAUCGACGCCCAACCGACGAGGAUGAUUUUAGUCGAUCGUCAAGUCGUCGUACUAGUCGAUAUCGAUCGAAAUUGGAGAAGGCAAGAAAAGAAUUCCUUUCAAAUGAUGCUAACAGCACAUCUGAUGCAGUAAGCGAACGUUUUCGUCAAACAUCAGAUGACAUAUUACGAUCACGACCAUUAUAUCACGGACAACCGUUUCAAAAAUCGCAAAAGAAUGAAUUUAAUUCGAAAUAUGAAUCAAGUCAAUUGCCAUAUAGUAGUAUUGGUCCCAGUCCAUAUGAUCAGGAAUACAACCGUUUGUUUGAACGAGCUGAGCACUACUGGAUGCCCUACAAACAACGUCUUUCACACCCAAAUCUAUACAGUCGAACUCGAGGUUAUUCAACAUCGUACCUGGAAACGAACCUGGAUACUGGAAUUGGUGAUAUUGUUUCAGCGCAACGACAGAUUGAAGAAACUAAUUUGGAUGAUGUACAUCGUUCUGGUUCAGCAAUAGAUUACAAUCGAUUUAGUCGACGUGAUACACCACAGAGCAUCGUUACACACAUACGUUCAAAAAGCGCCGAUUAUUUGAUGGAUCGAAAAAUGCGUGAAGAAUCGGCGCCACCGGAAAAUGAACUUCAGAAAUUCAACGAAAAAACUCCAAAUGUUUCGGAACAUGAAUUACGAUUUCGAAAAUCUACAGAAAAGUUGCACGUACCAGAUUGGUAUCGUGAACGACAGAUAGGAGGAGGUCGUAGUAGUAGUAGUAGUCAUGAGAAAAGGGCAAUACUGAGUGGUACUUCGUCACCACUAUCUUACAAUGGUAUUCGUACAACUCAGGAAAAAACAUCUGAAAUUCGAUAUACCUCACCUUUCUCCUAUGAACAAGAUCGAUAUAGUGCUCCACCUCAGGUAAUUCCCAUCUCAGGACCAUCAACAACAAGUGGUGCUGUUGCUGUGAUACCAUACGGUAUGUUUGACAAAUAUAAGGAUGAAAUAGAAGAAAUGCGCAGAAGUCGAACAUCACUAAAUCAAAUUGGCACCAACGACGAUAAACGGAAGGUUUGCAUUGUAUAG